UCUGAAAUUUCUUAGCGAGAAUAUUUGUAAUCGACUCCAAAUUUCGUCUCGAAGUCCCAUUGUUGCUACCGAUCCUUCUCCUAGGGAUCAUCUUUCACCUCUCCGUCACCGGCGACGAUCUUACGGCAGCCUAAUAUAGAGAGGGAGAAGCAACGGCUACAUCCGAUUGAUUCGUGUGCUCUUGCAACCAAAACCCUAAAUCCAAGAAUUAGGAUUAAAGUCAAUCAUUAAACAGGAGAUGGAUACAAGUAAUGGGAGGCCUACUCAGGGGGGAAGUGCUGGUGGUGGUGUCUCCUCUAUGCAAUCUGCUGAUUGGAGGUCUCAGCUGCAAGCAGAUUCACGUCAAAGGAUCGUGAACAAGAUAACGGAUACCUUGAAGAAGCAUCUACCGUUCUCUGGAGAUGAGGGGCUACAGGAACUUCAGAAAAUAGCCGUGCGGUUUGAAGAGAGGAUUUAUGCCGUUGCGACAAGCCAGUCUGACUAUCUGCGACAGAUAUCGCUGAAGAUGUUGACUAUGGAAACUAGAUCACAAAAUCCCAUGCCAGAUGCAAUUCAGUCGAACUCUGCUGCUAAUAGUGUAAACCCCUCAGAUGCAGCAGGUAAUCAAGGAGGCUGCUAAGUCUUGUGAAAGGGAGUAGAUCAGGAUCUCGAUUUCAAAAGUUUCGAGAGGUUUGGUGCUUAUUUUAAUUACUGGAUUUAUUUCAUAGCAGUUUUCAAGGUUAUAUUUGGAUUUUGUGGAAUUGUUGGAAGAUACUUGAAGUUAUUUGUUUGGAGAUUUAUUUCUUUACUUUGAAGAUAUAUAAGUUCGUUAUUGGAAUAUUUUAUUAAACAAA